AUGGUGCCACAAGUAGGCUCACCAAACGGUAAUGAGGAGAUGGCAGGAAUGAUGCCGAACGACUCGCUGCCCGACAUGAUGAUGCAAAAUAGCAACGAGUUUCAACAGGGGCAGAGCAUGCCACAGGGGUACCAGAAUCAGGACAUGGAUCGUAGAGCGUCAAUGAUGGAAUUCGGUGCUGGGGAUGGCCCCUUGAAUGGAUUCCAAUUCGAACCCCAAGCCACAUUCCAAGAAGAUUCGCGAGGCAACUUGCGGGACACACCUGGGAACGAAAUGGGCAUGGGAGGCGGGUACGUCAACAUGAACUCUGGGAUGAACAUGCCAGGUCAAGAAAUGGGGUUCACAUCUUCUAUGCACAUGCAAGACUCUCUGACGAUGAACAAUAAUUCAUUUGCCGGCAUGAAUGGGGAAAUGAUGCAGAAUCUGAUAGCAUACUCACCUAUGGGCAUGAAUGGAUUCUCUGAUGAAGACUCGAACGCGAUGAACAUGUUCUCUCCGCAGAACUACGGGCAGCCUUUCGGAACAGGGAACAUGGAUACCAUUCAGGGGAAUUUUAUGGCCUCCCCGAAUAUGCCUGACGGUUUAUCAGCUCGCGGUCCCAGUGGGAAUGCUCUCGAUGGCCCGGAGAACAUGACCCCGUCUGGACAAGAAGUCGUCGUGACUGAAAACGCGACCUUGAGCCCGACGAGGAACUUGAGCGUGGACCAAAAUCUGGAGCAGUAUGGUUCGCCCGUAAAAAACAUCCCUCCAGAUCUGGAGAGAUCAAAUCAAACUUCAUCUUUUAGUGUACCGGCACCUCCCACCCCUGCAUCAGCGCCGGGUGCUUCGCCCAAGAUCGACGUCAAGCCGGAGCCACCCGAAACACCUAUUCAAUAUCCAGGCAUAUACUCCUCGAGUGGUUUUGACAUGUUGGGAGCUCUGAUGAAAGUUGCGACCAGGAAGAAUCCGGAAAUUGAUAUUGGCAAGGUUGACAUGUCAUGUGCAUUCGUGGUCUGUGAUAUCAUGACAUACGAUUGCCCUAUUAUAUACGUCUCCGACAUUUUUGAGCGGUUGACUGGCUACUCCAAGCACGAAGUCAUGGGUCAAAAUUGCCGCUUUCUGCAAUCACCAGAGGGCAAGGUGGUGGCUGGAGCACGAAGAGGAUUCGUGGACAACAGUUCUGUCUAUUAUCUAAAGAACAGGAUAGCCGAGAAAAAGGAAGCACAGCGUAGCUUGAUCAACUAUCGCAAAGGAGGGCAGCCUUUCACGAAUCUUCUAACCAUGAUACCCAUCACUGGCGAGGAUGACAAGGAAAUUAGAUAUAUUGUGGGAUUUCAGGUUGACCUGGUCGACAAGCCUGCUUCCAUAGAGGCAAAGAACGCGAAAGGCAUGUAUACUGUCGACUACUCCCAAGGCCUACUGGAGAAAUUCAUAUGGAUUCCACCUGAAAACAAUCGACAAGGUCGAUACCUGGAUGGUGGGCAGACGAUUAGUCGGGAUGAUGUUAGUACUGUUUUGGGUUCGGUCAAUAGCAGCACGGAGUCGGACUUGACGAAGCGCAUGUGGGACAAGGUCUUGCUGGAGAACACAGAUGAUGUUGUCCACGUUCUCUCUCUCAAGGGUCUCUUCCUUUACUUGUCGCCAUCAUGCCGCAAUGUUUUGGAGUACGAUGCAUCGGAGCUUGUUGGGACUGCCUUGUCGUCUGUGUGCCAUCCUAGUGACAUUGUGCCUGUUACUCGAGAGCUGAAGGACACAUCGGCAGGAAUGCCAGUCAACGUUGUUUUCCGCAUUCGGCGCAAGAAGAGCGGCUACACGUGGUUCGAGAGCCACGGAUCACUAUGCGUAGAACAAGGCAAGGGUCGAAAGUGUAUAAUUCUUGUUGGAAGAGAGCGGCCCGUGUACGCUCUCCAUCGAAUUGAUAUUGAAGCAGCCGGAGGCAUCGGCGAGAAUGAGAUUUGGACCAAACUGUCUACUUCGGGCAUGUUCUUGUUCGUCGCGUCAAACGUGCGGACUCUGCUAGACCGUUCUCCCGAUGAUCUUGUGGGCACCAGUAUCCAAGCGCUGAUGCGUGCCGAGUCACGCGUAGAAUUUGGCCGUUCGCUUGAGAGGGCAAGAACUGGCAAGCGCACGACGCACAAGCAUGAGAUUUUCAACAAGAGAGGCAUCGUUUUGCAGGCGCAGACGACACUGUACCCAGGUGAUGCGGCCGAGGGCCAGAAACCAACAUUUCUCGUUGCUCAAACGCGAUUAUUGAAAUCGUCGACACGCGCUGUGGCUCCCGCGCUUGGCUCUCAUAGCUCGAAGGCGAUCAGUCCGAUACAAAGGAUGGAUCAUCAGUCUGAUGAUGCGAGCACCCUCGUCGUCCGCUCCGCGUCAGCGACGCUUGGUGAAUCGUCGUCCACCGCACCCUCGUCCAGGCUGGGGCCUCCCGUGCCAGGCCUCAUCUCACAGGCUGGAGGACCGGGACUACCGAUCGGCUCACAGGAUCUUGCCUUGGCAUCGAAAGAAAACAUCUUUGACGAGCUGAAGACGACUCGCUGUACGAGUUGGCAGUUCGAACUUCGCCAAAUGGAGAAGAGCAACAGACUCUUGGCCGAAGAGCUGGCAUCUCUUCUAUCAAGCAAGAAGAAACGCAAGAGGCGGAAGGGGAGUCACCCUCAACGCGACUGCGUUAAUUGCCAUACCCGUGUCACCCCUGAAUGGCGGCGUGGACCUAGCGGUCAGAGGGAUCUAUGCAACAGUUGUGGAUUGAGAUGGGCCAAGCAGGUGAGUCGCACCCGAGGCGGCGGUGACGGCUCUAAGCACUCGCAGAACUCGUCGUCGCCGAUCCACUCCUCGCCGCUACAGAAGGAGGUCCCGCAGUCUGGUCCCUCGAAGCCGAACCUCAACGUCGACCAGUCGACGGUGGGUGAUGUGAAGGGCAGCGGGGCAGCGGUGCCGGAGGCGCUGGGUGGUCGGAGCACUAUGAACAGUAUGCCGAUCCACGCCACGAGCCAGGGGUUCCGGGAGGGCGGGCAGAGGAUGAUUACCAAUAUUGACGAGAGAGAUGAGGGGGUUACGUGA